AUGAAUUUAACUUGUGUUGAUUCUUGUUCAACAGAUGGUGGCUAUUCCAAUACACCGAUUAAUAUUUUAACCGAUUGUAUCUCAAGUAGUUCGGCGCUUGGCACAAUGGCAAGUGAAAGAUUAAGUAAUAUUACUCUUUCUGCUGAUGCAACUUUUUCUAUGGCAUAUCAAAGUAGCUAUUGGCCAAGUUUGAAUGAUCCACCACUAGGUAAUUUUAGUUGGUCAAUGCUGUGCUCCAUUGACCUACGGAUGCGGCCCGAUGGUUUCAUGAACACUCCGCCACUAGCAACUAUCGUAUCCCCACAAUUUGUGAUUGUUAAUACAACAACUACGAUCCAAAUACCGGUAUCGGAUGUUAACUCAGGCGACGAUGUACGUUGUCGAUGGUCUGUACAUCAACCUGGAUAUCGUAGACGAAGACGCUCCUUUGAAAACGAUGACACAAUGCAUUUAUAUACUACAUAUAUGUAUCCCAAUUUAGUUGCUGAUGAAGAAAUUGCUCAUAUUAGAAGAAAAAGAUCGUGUGUAAGAUGCGGGUCUACUGUGUGUCUUGUUGGUUGUAAUUGUGAUUGUCCUGGUUGUAGAGGAACUACUUGUACGAAUAACACAUGUACAACGAAUCCUUCAUGUCCUGUUCGACCUACAACAACAACAAAAAGAACAACUAUAUCUUAUCCCAAUCAUAAUCCAAUUGACGAAUGUGGCGAUAUUUGUUAUCCAAAUGCUGUACCGGCCAAUACAACAUUAUAUAAUUGCAGUGUAACACUGACGGGUCUUACAGUCGGAAUAUGGUAUGCAGUGGCUGUUCAAGUAAGUAAUGAUAAAAUGUCAUUUAAAUCAGUCCUCUUCGACUCAAGCAUUCAUUGA